UGUUUCUUCUCUUCGCUGCACUCCCACAGACUGACUGGCAGCGCAAUCUUUCUUGCUCACAUCCCUCUGCACAUUGGAACUCCAGCCCUUUUAGCUGUGGGGGGAAGAGCCUGGAUUUGACCACGCACAGAUUGCCACCAUGGGCGACAAAGGGACGAGAGUUUUCAAAAAAGCAAGCCCAAAUGGAAAGCUGACAGUUUAUCUUGGGAAGAGGGACUUUGUCGAUCAUGUGGAUGUUGUGGAACCUGUUGAUGGUGUGGUACUAAUUGACCCAGAGUACUUAAAGGAAAGAAAAGUUUUUGUGACAUUGACAUGCGCCUUCCGAUAUGGCCGAGAGGACUUGGAUGUUUUGGGCUUGACGUUUCGAAAGGACCUCUUCGUAGCCAAUAUCCAGGCCUUUCCACCAGUGCCCGAAGAAAAAAAAAUCUUAACUCGGCUUCAAGAGCGUUUGAUUAAAAAGCUUGGGGAACAUGCUUAUCCUUUUACUUUUGAGAUUCCUCCUAAUCUACCUUGCUCUGUUACUCUUCAACCUGGACCUGAGGAUACAGGGAAGGCUUGUGGUGUAGACUUUGAGGUUAAAGCUUUCUGUGCUGAGAAUGUCGAAGAAAAAAUUCACAAAAGGAAUUCAGUGCGUCUGGUCAUUAGAAAAGUCCAAUACGCCCCAGAGAAACCAGGCCCCCAGCCAAUGGCUGAGACAACAAGGCAGUUCCUCAUGUCUGACAAACCAUUGCAUCUGGAGGCUUCACUGGACAAAGAGAUUUACUACCAUGGGGAACCAAUCAAUGUAAAUGUUCAUGUUACAAACAACACAAAUAAGACUGUGAAGAAAAUUAAAAUCUCAGUGCGUCAAUAUGCGGAUAUCUGCCUGUUUAACACUGCACAGUACAAGUGCCCUGUAGCAACGGAGGAGUCAGAUGAUAUAGUUUCACCGAGUGCCACAUUUUGCAAAGUAUACACUCUUACACCCUUUCUUGCCAACAAUCGGGAGAAACGGGGUUUGGCCUUAGAUGGAAAACUCAAACAUGAGGACACAAAUUUAGCCUCCAGUACACUGUUAAGAGAAGGCGCUAAUAAGGAAAUCCUGGGCAUUAUUGUGUCUUACAAGGUUAAAGUGAAGUUGGUCGUGUCUCGAGGCGGACUCUUGGGAGAUCUUGCUUCAAGUGACGUUGCAGUUGAGCUUCCUUUCACAUUGAUGCAUCCUAAACCGAUCGAGGAAUCACUCUACAGAGAAGUUCCAGACACUGAAGCACCCAUAGACACAAAUUUGAUUGAAUUUGACACAAAUGAUGACGAUAUCAUCUUUGAAGACUUUGCACGACAGAGGCUCAUAGGGGCCAAAGACGACAAGGAUGAGGAUGAUGAAGGGACCAAUUCACCCAUGCUGAAUGACAGAUAAAUGACUGGGCAUUGUAUUCUGUGCUGUGUUGCUGUGGUACAUGCUGUAGAGCUAACAGAGCUCUGUAAGUAAACCAGAGCCUGAGAGACCAUUUUGAAACUCACAGUGGUGCCAUCAUUUUGUUCUUCUUCAUACUCUUUUCCCUUGCAUAAAGAAAAAUAAGAAACAUUACAAACCCGGUCUUCAGGAAGCGGCUGAAAAACAAAUCUUUAAGAGUGUAAGCAAUCUAAUCCAGGAGUGCUGAGGACACUUGGGGAGGGAUGGAAGCCAACAGAAUAACAUGUCCUCAGUCAUAACAUGACUGAAGUUGUAGCAUGCCUUUGGUGUCACAUUGUCAUAAAUGUGCUCAGUUAUAGGAUCAUACAAGAACAGUUGUCAGAAAUGAUAUUUAAUGUGUCAUUUCUGCUUUAGACAUUCAAGUAUA